CUGCCAUCCUAUGUGCAGUUGAGUUCUGUCCUCACUAUGUCUUCUCACAAGACUUUCAGGAUCAAGCGAUUCCUGGCCAAGAAACAAAAGCAGAAUCGUCCCAUUCCUCAAUGGAUUCGGAUGAAAACUGGCAAUAAAAUCAGGUACAACUCCAAGAGAAGACAUUGGAGAAGAAGCAAGCUGGGUCUAUAAGAAGCAAGCUGGGUCUAUAAAAAGUGGUCUUAACAUGUGUGCCACACAUGUUAAGACCACUUUUUUAAGCAGCCAAAUCACAGUGAGAACAUCACUACUGUAAUGCUUGGCUCCUAAUGUUUCUUAUUUCCUCACUAUCAGUCUGAGAAUCAGUAA